AUGAUCUUCGAAUUGAUAUCCAAGUAUUAUCCAUUUACGGUUCCAGAACAGGUCAACCAGCUCACUUUGGAAGAGCUCAAUGCAUUGACCAUUUGGCAAAGAAUCCAAUUGAAGGAUUGGAGAGUGGAAUUUUUCACCUUGGGAUUCACCGUCAUCUUCGUCCUUUUAUUCAAAGCUGGCGAUUUGUACAAUCAAUCUAAAGUCACCAAAUUUUUAAACAACGUUAAACCAACAUUUACCAAGCAAUUUUUCCAAUUUGGUGUUGCGCCAAAUAAGCUUUAUGUGAAAGAUAGUUCUGAAAAUUAUUCCUCAUACGCAUCAGGUCGCUUAAACAUUGCCAAAGUUGAUUUGAAAUUUGUGUUGGCCCCUCGCCACAAUCUUUUCCUUUGGAUUAUGGAGGUGUUGAUUAGUUUCUUCACCAACAAUGUCAAAGCUCCUGAAGAUACUGUUGAAGUUGUUAUUACACCACUGGGUAAAUAUGACAACUUUAUUUCUGCAAUUGUGUCAAAGUUGGGUAUGAAUGAUGCUAGAAAGGCCAAUUACUUUUUAUCAUUGUGUAAAACAACUGAUUCGCCAAACUUGCCAGAAAGUUUUGUAUACAUGAGUGAAGCCCAUGAAUUUCAAGAUAAGUUAACAACCACUGAAUUGAGACAAGCAUUGACUUUGGGUAGUGCCUCAUUUAUCAAGUUUAUUGCCUUCACGGACCAACCAGAAGCUAAACCAGAAUCAUUGAGAGAUUUCCUUCCAAAUAGGAAAGUGAUUGUUAGGUUGGGUCUUGUUACUAGUAAAUCAGAUCUCAAAAUCAUUAGGGAAGUACUAGAUGCUGUAUUCAAUCUUGUUGAUAAGUUAUCAGACCAAGCCAUUACAUUCAAACCAGAAACUGUGAAAAGAGUCGUCAAGACCAGAGAGGCUGAGAUUGAAAAGUACAAGAAGUUAGAGCAAGAAAUCAAAAACGAAAAGUUGGCCGAAGAGCAAGCCAAGUUGAAAAGAGAAGAGAGGGACAAGUUGAGAAAUUUGUCCAGAGAGGAGCAGUUGAAAGCUGAUAAAAAGGCUCAAGAAAAGAAGCAAAAGAAGUUGCAAAAGAAACAAAGAGUCAGAAUGUAA